GAAGAUCCUGCAACCUUAAUUGAUCUUCGAUGUUUGGGAGGUCUGUCAUUGUCGGCAACUCGGCAUACCAUCGGCAACUUGCACCUGCCAUUAGGCUUGAUCAUGAUCCUCCUUCCCGUAUGAGGAUAAGUAUAAGUAUGGAGCAGCAUUGUCGGCUUUCAUGUCACUUCACUUGCUUCACUUACGUUUUCCAACUGUUCUUCCGCUGUUCGGUCUCAAAGCUGUUGUACAUGGUCGCUCGUUUCUGGACUGCAUCUUUCAUCUCGUGGGUGACGCAAUGGCUUCUACCACCUUUACAACUUCGUGUUGGCUGCUCAUUUCGGCGAUUACCUACACUAAGAAUCAGCGUCCUGGUCGCAAUAUUUUUAAUAACCAUUCUCCAUGCACUGUCCAAUCAGUAUCGAUUUUUCAGUAUCGACGCUAUAACGUGGCUGGAGUUCUGGUUUCAAUCGGAAUGUAGAGUUGAACACAACCCCUUUCACGCAGUGGCCAGUCCAGGACUACCAGCGACUCGGUCGAACUCGUCCAAAGCAAAGGCCUCCAUCAGCGGGACCAUUCGACAGAAUGUGUAUUUUGAACACCAAGAACCAUAGGAUACACACUAGGCUUCGGAGGAAUACGAGGACGCGAUCGUGUCUUCUGCCACUGGCCAUAUAAGACCUCUGCCAGGUGUACUGAUCGAUGACCAUGAAUGUUGUCCUUUCACCGUCAACUUGGUGAGUGAAUGGAUCUACUUUAUGCAGAUUCAUUCUCCAACUGCAUCGUGUAAUAUGUCGUUGUCAUGUUUUAUACUA